AUGGCCGAAUUUGACGACCGCAAGGUCGACCUGGGGCGCACCAUCACUCCCGUUCCCGCCCUCACCGCCAACGAUUGGGUCGAGAAGUCAUCUCUCGACAGCUCGGAAAACCUGAAAGCAGAGGCAGAGCUCACUCCGGAAGAGAAGCGCGCCGAGCGCCGCUUCCUCUGGAAGCUCGACCUCAUUUACUGCCUUGUGGCAAUGAUCGCCUUCAUUUUCAAGAUCGUCGACCAAUACAACAUCCAAAACGCUUACGUCUCGGGCAUGAAGGAGGAUCUGAACCUGAACGGCAACGAAUAUAACUGGUUCACGACCUAUUUCAACAUCGGCUACGUCGUUGUCCUGUACCCCUCCUGCAUCGCCGUCUCGUACUUUGGUCCUCACUGGCUUCUGCCGACCUGCGAACUUAUCUGGGGCGUGCUUACGUGCUGCCUCUCGGUUGUCAACGAUGCUAAGACCGUGUACGGCAUCCGUUUCCUGAUCGGCUUCGCCGAGGGCACCGCAUGGCCCGGUAACACGACGAUCCUGUCGCAGUGGUACCUGCCGAACGAGAUCGGCACGCGCCUCGCCCUCUUCAACAUCGCCCAGCCGAUCGGUGCGAUGAUCUCGGGCGUCAUGCAGGGUGCCCUGUCGGAGACUCUCGACGGUGCUCUUGGCCGUGCCGGCUGGCGCUGGGCCUUCAUCAUCAACGGCAUCGUCACCAUCUUCAUCGCCCUGGUCACCUACUUUACCCAGCCUGGCAUGCCUGAGAAGCCCAACCCGCUCGCGCGCUGGUACCUGACCGACGAGGACUAUGCGAUCGCUCGCCGCCGUGUCGCUCGUGUUGGCCGCAAGCCCCAGGUCCCCCUCACCAUCAAGAGCUUCUUCAAUGCCUUCCGCUACUGGCAGCUCUGGGCUAUCGCUCUCUGCUGGGCCUACGGCUACAACACCGUCCCCAGCAACUACUUCAACCUCUGGCUCAAGAGCCUCAAGAAUGCCGACGGCUCUCCUCGCUUCUCCGUUCCUCAGCUCUCCUACAUCCCCAUGGGAGGUCAGGCAGUGUGUCUUGUCAUGCUCGUCGUCCUUAUGGGUCUCAGCGACUAUCUCGGUGUCCGCCUCCCGUCACUCACUCUUCACACGAUUCUCAACGUCAUCUCCCAGGUCAUUCUUGUUGUCCGUCCCAAGAACGAGGCCACAUACAUGGCUGGCUUCUUCAUCAACUACGCCGGUCUGCCCGCCUAUCUUCUCGUCUGUGCCUGGGCGGCGACCUUCAUGAACGAUCUUCCAGAAGUUCGCGCUGUGCUGUACGCUACCGGCACACUCAUCUCGUACCUCAACGUCGCCUUCAUUCCUCUUUGGGCGUACCCGGCCAAGCAGGCGCCGAACUGGAACGUCGGAGCCAAGUUCUAUCUUGGCUCUAUGUGCGUAACCUUCGUCCUCUUCCUCGCCACUGCUUGGGGACUUCGUUGGGAGGAGCGCAAAAAGCUCCGCGCCCAGGGCCAUGUCGUGCCCAAGGUUAACCCUCUUGCCUGGCUGUGGACGUAA